AUGGUUGCUGGAGGCGACUCGGGCGCCGCCGCGUACAAUGCGGCCCUCAAACGCCGCCAGGAGAUGAUGGGCGCGUCCGGUCCCAUGGCCCUAGUAAAAAACUUUAAGGUGUUUAGGAUCGCUCUGUUCGCUUGUAUCGGUGGUAUCCUGUACGGCUACAACCAGGGCAUGUUCUCGGGCCUUCUCGCUAUGCCUGCCUUCAAAUCUCAUAUGGGCGAGUAUGACCCAUUUGACGACUCGGCAGACCAGACGAAGAAGGGGUGGCUUACAGCUAUCCUCGAGCUCGGAGCUUGGAUUGGCACGCUGCUGUCCGGGUUCAUCGCCGAGGCCAUAUCUCGCAAAUAUGGCGUCCUGGUAGCGGUAACAGUCUUCGUCAUUGGGGUCGUCAUCCAGGCGACGGCGCAGUCCGGUGGGCCUAACGUGAUUCUCGGAGGCCGCUUCGUUACGGGUAUGGGCGUCGGUUCCUUGGCCACGAUCGUGCCCAUAUACAACUCCGAGGUGGCACCCCCCGAGAUUCGAGGUGCGCUCGUUGCUCUCCAGCAGCUCGCAAUCACCUUCGGUAUCAUGGUAAGCUUCUGGAUAGACUACGGUACCAACUAUAUCGGCGGCACAACUCUCGGCCUACAGAAAGAUGCUGCGUGGCUCGUGCCUAUCUGCCUGCAGCUUUUCCCAGCUGUAAUCCUCUUCGUAGGAAUGAUCUUCAUGCCCUUCUCCCCGCGUUGGCUAGUUCACCACGACCGCGAGGCCGAAGCGCGCAAAAUCCUAGCCAACCUGCGCGGCCUACCUGCUGACCACGAACUUGUCGAACUUGAAUUCCUCGAAAUCAAAGCUCAGUCGCAGUUCGAAAAGCGAACCGUAGCUGAGCAUUUCCCCCAACUGAGCGAGCAGACAGCGUGGAAUACCUUUAAGCUUCAAUUCGUGGCUAUUAAGUCGCUGUUCCAGACGAAAGCGAUGAUCAAGCGCGUUGUCGUUGCCACCGUCACCAUGUUCUUUCAGCAGUGGACGGGUAUCAAUGCCGUCUUGUAUUAUGCACCCAGUAUAUUCACUUCCCUUGGCAUGAGUAAUACCACUACGAGUCUGCUGGCUACCGGCGUCGUCGGUAUCGCCAUGUUCGUAUUCACCGUACCCGCCGUACUCUAUAUCGACCGCGUCGGAAGGAAGCCCGUACUAACUAUCGGCGCUAUCGGGAUGGCUACCUGCCAUAUCAUCAUAGCCGUAAUCGUCGCAAAGAACGCAAACCAGUGGGCUAGCCAGCCUGCGGCCGGUUGGGCUGCUGCUGCCAUGGUCUGGCUCUUCGUAAUUCAUUUUGGUUACUCUUGGGGUCCUUGCUCGUGGAUUAUCGUGGCUGAGAUCUGGCCGCUCAGCACCCGACCCUACGGAACUUCUCUUGGCGCCUCGAGCAAUUGGAUGAACAAUUUUAUUGUCGGCCAGGUCACGCCAAUUAUGCUUAACAGGAUCGGCUACGGUACCUACGUUCUCUUUGGCCUUUUAACAUUUAUGGGAGCCGGGUUUAUCUGGUUCUUCGUGCCCGAGACGAAGCGGCUCACCCUUGAAGAGAUGGACGUCGUAUUCGGUUCCGAAGGCACAGCACAGGCUGAUUUUGAACGCAUGGAUGAAAUCAACAGAGAGAUCGGGCUGACCGCGAUGCUUCAUGGCCUAGUCGGCACUGGUAGCAACGGCGACGUAGUAGAAGAAAGAAAGGAGAAGCUCGAAGAUAACUAG